AUGUCCGAAAACAACGUUUCGGGACUUGGAUGGGAUAUAUUUCGGAAUCUCGCACGAUACCUCGAUGGAAGGCUACAGCUAACACGGCGCGGCCAGGGAAAGCCGAAAAACCGGCUUGAAAGGAAAUGCCGAGUCCUGGAAGUGGAAUUGCGCCAUGCUCUCAUGCUCAAGAAUUUUGACAUAAGCCUGGCUGAGGAUUGCGAUGAUUCUUCGGACCAGGAUGCACUUAGAUACUCGGAACGGAUAGCCCAGCUGUUGGAGCCUCAUGUUAACGGAAACUUUCAGGGCUCCCUUUCGACACCAGCAACGCCUUUGCACCCCUCUUGUUCCUCUUCAACCUUUAGAAAAUAUCCCAGGCUAUAUGAAUUAACAGACUACCUAGAGAGUGUGGCAGGGCACACUAAUUCAAAUUUCCCGACAGGGUCCUUCAACUUGGUUCUUGAAACAAACGAAAGUCCACCUAUUUUCUGCGUUCAAUCUGCCUCUACUGCGCAAGCAAUUUUGGAAAGCACUAUGCAGUUAAAUGCCUGCUUUCGGCAAAUCCAAACUUUACCGGGAACGAACCCGAGGAAAAGAUCCGGGAGUCCAACAGCAGAGGAUGAGGAGCAAUCAGGAAACCACAACCUCGGAGAUCCAGACUUUAGAAAGCGUACUGGAGUUUUUAUCAAUGCGCUACACCAACUUCUGCCCUGCAGCAAUUCCCAUAAAGUGAUGCUCCAGCUGCAGAAUCGUAAAGGCGCAUUGGAUUUAUUUUUGUCAGGAUGUGAUACAGAACGGUGGCAAGAAGUUCAGUGUGAACAUCAUACGUCACGUAACUCGAUUUGUCGAAUCGACGACCUUUGUGUGACCUUGCAAAAGUGUACAGACCAGCGACUCCAAAUUGUAGUUGAGGCUCUUCGUGAUGGUUCCCACAGUAUUCAUUACUCGCCGCAGCCAGCUCGCCGGCUCUACCCCCGUGGUUCUCUUUCAGGGUCCCUCGAGCAUUUACUCGAGUCCGGAAGUUUCCAGAAUAUCAGCUUUAGCAAUACGUCGUCACCGAUGACUAAUCGAUUUACCCUGAAGGAGAAACGCAUUCUCGCCCUAAAGCUUGGACUGUGCUUUCUAAACUUCUUUGAUGCGCGUUAUAUGACAGAGAGUUGGAGAUCCAGCGGGAUCACCUUCCUCGCUCUUCCGGAGCAUAAAAUACAGGAAAGCCAAAUUUAUAUUAAUUGCUCUUUAAAUCUACAAAGAACUCAGGAAAGUGAAUGGUAUCGACCUGGUCACCCUGUUUUGACAUCCUUUGCAAGGCUACUACUAGAGAUAGACGAAGGGCAGAAAUGGCCCGGCCCAAGUGGUAACAGUAGUUCUGAUCUUACAACAACAUGGGUGGAACUUUGCAACUACGUCGAAAAUGUCAAGAUACACCGGGGCCGGAACUUCUAUCUGGAGGCUGUCACCAAGAUACUCUAUUUACACACAGCUCUGAACGAAGCUCGUGAAACAUUAACGAGCGAGAAUGGCGAAGAAGUUGAUAUGAAAUUAAGAGAUUUGAUGUAUACAAGCAUUGUUAGUCUCCUGGAACUAGAAGUUCCGGAGGAAACCAGAAAACGAUUUAAAUUUGAAGCAGUGAACAUGCGCCCACCACACCAAGUUAACGAGAAUGGACCUUUUAACACAAAACGAUCCAGGAAAACCUCGUCGUCUUUUGCUUUUGGAACCCAACAUGACGCCAACAUGGAUACUGACAGCGAAGAAGCCCUCAAUAUACGCUCGCACAAGGUGAACCAGGAAUCAAAAUGGCCGCCGACAAGUACAAGAAGUCUCAAUUAUGGUCUCAGGAGAGAUGAGCCCCAACAAUCUUUACUAUCCCAGGAGAUCUCAAAAUCUAAAUCUCUCGGCCUGCAAGAAAGCCGACACGAAUUUCAUAUCGCUAUAGUCUGUGCGCUUUCGCUCGAGGCUGAUGCCGUCCAAACACUCUUCGAUGAUAUAUACGAAGACGGUAGUGAAAGCCACCCAAAGCAGAAGGGCGAUCAGAAUAUAUACACAACAGGAAGGAUCAGUCAGCAAGAUGUUGUUUUAUGUCACUUACCGAGGAUGGGGGUCUCGAGUGCCGCAAGUGCGGCGGCGAACCUGCCGGUGAGCUAUCCAGAUAUCAAGGUUAUUUUGGUUGUCGGUGUCUGUGGGGCAGUACCUUUCUUACCUAAAAAGAAGGAAGAAGUUAUUCUCGGAGAUGUCAUCAUCAGUGAUAGUGUAGUCAAGUAUGACUACGGCCGCCAGCACCCGAACGGAUUCGAGCGGAAAGGUGGCAGGGAGGAGAUCCUUGGGCCGCUCGAUCCUCAAAUUCAAGGGCUUCUCGAAAAGUUGAGAACCAAAAAAAUCAGGGAACGCUUUCAGAAGGAUACUCUACAGUUUCUACAAAUACUUCAAAGGACGGAAGACGAAUAUCGAUAUCCCGGUGCUAAACACGAUAUAUUGUUCCCAGCGGCCUAUCUUCACAGGGCCUACCGACGAGCUGCAUUGGCCGAUUGCACCUGUUUCCGAUGCACAACAACAUCUGACAAUGUGUGUGAUGUGAUACGACAGAAAGAUUGCGGGGCCCUCGGUUGCGGGGGGAAGGAAAUAAAACGGGUGCGACUUGCUGAAGAUGUCAUUACCCCGUCAGUUCAUAUUGGGAGAAUCGCGUCUGCGGAUACAGUGAUGAAAUCCGACAAGCAUAGGGAUAGAUUAGCUAAAGAGGAAGGUGUAAUAGGGUUCGAAAUGGAGGGAGCUGGUGUUUGGGGCAAGAUACCCUGUGUCGUCAUCAAAGGGGUGUGUGACUACGCCGAUAGUCACAAAAAUAAAAAGUGGCAAUCCUACGCCUCAGCCACUGCAGCUGCGGCCGCUGCUUCUUUUCUAAAGUAUUGGGUGUCCAAUACUUAUAGAGAGCCUUGA